UGAGCUUCAAGAUAUAAGAGCAAUUUCGGGUUCCCCCUUUCAGGACAAGACAAAUCAAAGGCUCGGAGGCAAAGCAGCUCCCUGAGCUCCGGAGGUCUCCCUCCCUCCCCUCCCUCCCCCCCACCCCAGCUCACAGGCCAGCCUCUGUCUAGGGAAGAGGCUUCCAAGCAGCUUUAGAUGAUUAUGGAUUUUCUGAGCGAGAAGUUUGCCCUGAAGAGCCAGCCGAGUAAGAACAGUGACUUUUACAUGGGAGCAGGAGGCACUUUGGAGCACGUUAUGGAAACUUUGGACAAUGAGUCCUUUUACAGCAAGACUUCAGCCAGCAAAUGCGUGCAGGCCUUCAACCCUCUGCAAAGGGCUGAGCAUCAUGUGAGGCUGGAGAGGACCUCGCCCUGCCAGGACAAUAAUGUGAACUAUGGGAUUACUAAAGUAGAAGGACAGCCUCUUCACACAGAGCUGAAUAGGCCCAUGGACAAUUGCAACAGUCUUAGGAUGUCUCCAGUGAAAGGGAUGCAGGAGAAGGGAGAACUGGAUGAACUGGGAGAUAAGUGUGACAGCAAUGUCUCCAGUAGUAAGAAGAGGAGACACAGAACUACCUUUACCAGUUUACAGCUGGAGGAACUGGAGAAAGUGUUCCAGAAAACACAUUAUCCUGAUGUAUAUGUAAGAGAACAACUAGCUCUGAGAACAGAGCUCACUGAGGCCAGAGUCCAGGUUUGGUUCCAAAAUCGAAGAGCCAAAUGGAGAAAAAGAGAACGCUAUGGCCAGAUUCAGCAAGCUAAAAGCCAUUUUGCUGCCACCUAUGAUAUAUCUGUUCUACCACGGACUGACAGCUACCCACAGAUUCAGAACAAUCUGUGGGCAGGAAAUGCAGCUAGCAGCUCAAUGGUCACUUCCUGCAUGCUACCGCGUGACACUUCCUCCUGUAUGACACCUUAUUCCCACUCACCCCGGACAGAUUCUGGCUACACGGGCUUUUCAAACCACCAGAACCAAUUCAGCCAUGUACCCCUCAACAACUUUUUCACUGACUCUUUACUUUCUGGGGCUACCAAUGGACACGCAUUUGAAACCAAGCCAGAAUUUGAAAGGAGGUCCUCCAGUAUUGCAGUUCUACGAAUGAAAGCCAAGGAGCACGCUGCGAACAUUUCCUGGGCCAUGUAAUAUCAUAGUACACUUUCUUUUUUUUUUAAAAUAGCAAACUAAAAACAUUCUUAUUUCCCAUAUUUAAAGGACACAACAAUAAGCUGCUGUGUUUGGAAAUGCUAGAGGUCAGGAUAUACAUUGAAGCCUGCUUAAACAAAUACUCUAUAUUAUUUAACCAUAAAACUUAAGGAUAAACCUGAUAGAUUUACCAAUCUCAACCAUCCUUGUUUUUCGUUUUUUAUGUUUUAUUGUACCAGUUGAUGAAAUAUGAUUAUAAAACCUGCAAAAAGAAUAAACCUAUUAAACAAAUACAUUGGCUAUAUUUUGGUAUAUGUCAGUGCUACGUACAAAAGGAAUUCCUUAUUAAUGAACACUU